AUGUCUGCUGGCAGCAACCUGAGGUCUGAGGUUCAGUUCCUGUGCUCCAUCUGUCUGGACCUGUUCACUGAUCCGGUCAGCACCUUAUGUGGACACAACUUCUGUAAAAGCUGCAUCAGCCAACACUGGAGCAGUAAUGUUCUGUAUUACUGUCCUCUGUGUAAAGAAGAGUUCAACACCAGACCUCAGCUCAGAAUCAACACUUUAUUUAAACAGGUGGUUGAUCAGUUCAGACAUGAAGCUCAGCWGAAAAGCAGCAGCAGCUCAGAGCAACAAGCUGCAGAACCAGGAGAAGUUCUCUGUGACGUCUGCACUGGAACCAAACUGAAGGCCCUGAAGUCCUGCCUGGUGUGUCUGCUCUCCUACUGUCAGACUCACCUGGAGACUCAUCUGACAGCUCCACGUCUGAAAAGACAUCAGCUGCUGGAUCCUGUGGAGAACCUGGAGGACAGGAUGUGUUCCAAGCACGAUAAACCUCUGGAGCUGUUCUGUAAGACCGACCAGACCUGUGUCUGCUCCCUCUGUUCUGUUCUGGACCACAAGACUCAUGAGUUUGUUCCUCUGAMRGAAGAAUAUGAAGCAAAGAAGGCAGAGCUGAGGAACACAGAGGCUGAAGUUCAGCAGAUGAUCCAGAACAGACGGCUGAAGAUCCAGGAAAUCAAAGAGUCGCUGAAGGUCAGUAAAGCUGCUGCAGACAGAGAGAAAGCAGAAGGUCUUCAGGUCUUCACUGAUCUGAUGGACUCUGUGGAGAGGAGCAAGAAGAGCUUCAUGAAGGAGGUGGAAGACAAACAGAAAACUACAGAGAAACAGKCUGAAGACUUCAUCAAAGACCUGGAACAGGAGAUCUCUGAGCUGAUGAAGAGGAGCUCUGAGGUCAAGCAGCUCUCACGCUCUGAAGACCACCUCCACCUCCUCCAGAGCUUCAGCUCCCUGAAAGCUGCUCCACCCACCAAGAACUGGACCCAGGUCACAGUUGAUCCUCCAUCAUAUGAGGGGACUGUGGUGAGAGCUGUGGCUCAGCUGGAGGAGGACCUCAGGAUGAAGAUGAAGAAGAUGAUGGAGGCUGAGCUGAAGAGGGUCCAGAGGUUUGAGGUGGAUCUGACUCUGGAUCCUAAAACUGCUCAUCCUAAACUCGUCCUGUCUGAUGAUGGAAAACAAGUCCACUGUGGUGAUGUGAUGAAGAAUCUUCCAGACGACCCAAGGAGAUUUACUAAGUACUCUGUUGUUUUAUCAAAUCAGAGUUUCUCUUCAGGCAGAUUUUACUUUCAGGUUCAGGUUAAAGGAAAAACUGAAUGGAUUUUAGGAGUGGUCAGAAAGUCCAUCAACAGGAAGAAAGUGAUCACAUUAUGGAAUCCUCAAAAAGGUUUCUGGACUCUUCGGUUGAGAAAUGGAAAUGAGUACAAAGCUAAUGCUGAUCCUCCAGUCCGUCUCAGUCUUCAGUCUGGUCCUGAGAAGGUGGGGGUGUUUGUGGAUUAUCAGGAGGGUCUGGUCUCCUUUUAUGAUGUUGAUGCUGCAGCUCUGAUCUACUCCUUCACUGGCUGCUGCUUCACUGAACAACUCUACCCAUUCUUCUGUCCUGGUUCUAAUGAUGGAGGUGAAAACGCAGCUCCUCUGACCAUCUGUCCUGUCAGUCAAUCAGCCUGA